AUGAAAAAAACUUCAGAAAAAUUAAAACUAAAUAAUGCAUUCAUAAAGCCCGGCGCAGCUUUCGAAAACCAACAAAUAGUGAAGCCGAAUGCAACACUGCAAGAGAAAAAAGCCAUCCCCGAACAACCAAAACCGAAAGUUUUUCCCGUUACUGGCACUACAAAGGGCCCGAAGAAGGAAAGAAAAUUGAUUGGUCUUAUUGCGUAUGGAAUUUACCGCAGUCGUUCCUAUUAUUCGCCACUCGAACGACGCUUCCGUCACGUUAAUGAUUAUGAUGAUUAUUUGGUAAAAAUUUUCGAGGACGACGAUUACGUUAUCUUAACAAAGUUUAUGCAGCUGGAUCGAUCCUUUGAUCUUGUGGCUUCGGCCCCGCGUGACAGCAAUGUGCUAAUUAUGAAUCGUAAGCAUGUUGAGGGAGGCGAAGAUUUCGUGGACAUGAUAAGUAUGGAAAAGCUGCGCGCUCGUGCCAAAAAGUUAUGGUUAGAGAAGGAAAAAGCUGCCUAUGUUGCUGCGCAAAUCCAAAGCUGGCGCGACUACCCCACCAAAAAAUUUAAGGAUAUGAAUUUUAAUAAGUUUUAA